CAUAUGGACAUAAACAUGAGAAAAAUUAUUGAAUAAUAAUGAAAUAAUCGUUUUUACCUUCUCACGAACGAAUAUUUUAACUAAUAAAUGCUUUUACAUAAUCAUAUAUACAUAAUAACACAUACAUUUUUUUUUUUUUUUUAUUGAAGCAAAUUUUAGAACAGAAAUAACAUAAGUAGAGAAUAUUUUAUAUAAUUUUGUGAAAUUUGUGUAUUCAAUUUGUACGUAUAAUACCUUGUUAAUUAUAUAUUUUAAAGAAGAACAAGUAAACACUAUCACAAAUGAUGAAUAAUAAUUGUAAAAUAUAAACUGAAGAUUAAUUGAAAGUAUAAACAAAUAAGAAAUGGAUCUAGAUAAUGAUUUAAAAGAGACGGAUCAUGAUAUUAAUAAGUUCCCUAUUGAUUGGACAUGGGAUCCCAAAUAUAAACCAACAAUGUCUGAAUUAUCAGAAAAUAAUUUAGAAGUAACAUUUCAUCCAAAAUAUAGUAUUGGUACUGCUGUUGUAAGAGGUAAUAUGCCAUUGAAAAAAGGAAAUCAUUAUUAUUGGGAAAUAAAAAUGCUUACAUGUGUAUAUGGCACAGAUGUAAUGAUUGGUGUAGGUACUGAUAAAAUAGAUCUAACAGAUGUAACACAAAAAUUUUGUUCCCUACUUGGACGAGAUCGAGAAUCUUGGGGAUAUUCUUAUAAAGGAUUUUUACAACAUGCUGGUGAAAAGCAUAAUUAUACAGCAUGUUUUUUAAAGGAUAGUAUAAUAGGUGUACAUCUUGAUACUUGGAAUGGCACAUUGCAAUUUUUCACAAAUCGUAAACCAUUAGGUAUAGCAUUUACCGGAUUAAAAGAUGUUGUCCUUUAUCCUAUGGUCAGUUCAACAGCUGCACAUACUAGAAUUAAAUUAAUAUAUUCCUGUUCAAUGCCUAUAUCUUUACAAGCGGUAUGUUUAUCUGUAUUACCAUCAAUACAAAGACAACAUAUUUCUUCUACUUAUCCUGGAUUAAGAUAUUUAACUGAAAGUGCAUUUGCAGAUAUUUUACAAAAGAAUUUAGAGACUGAUAACGAUGAAGAAAUCAUUGAAUUUUUAUCUGAAUAUACACAUACGACUAAUCUGGUAUAAACGUAAAAAAAAAAAAAAAAAAAAAAAAAUAAAAAAAAAAAGAAAAAGAAUAGAAUAAGAUAGAAUAAUAUAAAAUGAUAAAAGAAAUCUAUGAAGCAAUGAGAAUGCACCAUAUUCUCUUAAUGAUUCUAUAUGUUUUAUGAUUAUUACAAGCUGAAAACUUUAUCUAACAUGAAUCGACAUGAUAAUUAGAUUAAAGUAUAUCUAUUGAAAAAUUAUAUAUUAUAUAUUGCCAAAAAAAUAUAUAUAAAUAUAACUGAAUGUAAUAAGUAUUAUAUGUAAGUAAGAAAAUAUGUAUAUCAUUUGACAGAUAUAUUUGAUAUUUAUAUAUAUAUAUAUAUUAUGAUCAAUGUGUUUAACAUGGACGUUUUGUAAAAUGAUCGGGCACUGUAUAAAAUGCCCAAUUUUUUUUUUUUUCUAACAAUUUGUAACUAGCAAAUAUUUUACAAAUGGCCUGAACAUUUUAUACAAUUCCCAAUAAUUGGACAGUACGUUGAAUCCAUAAUUAAUAUUCUUUUAACUUUAUCUCUUGUACUUUACAUACAAGUACAUAUCAUGAUCACAAAAGUAUAAAAGAUAAUACAACUGCAUAAUUAAAUGUAUGUUAAAAAAAAAAAAAAAUGCCCAUCCAGAGCUAUCAAUCAGUUCUGUUGAAUUUCAAGUGCCACAACUCUUUGCCUUGCUCCAAUAAAUGAUCCUUAUAAUUGUAUGUUCAUAAUGCUCACGUCAAAGCAAUUGACCC